UUUGCGGGUUUACGACAGAGAUGUGACCGUGACCUGACCUGACCUGUGCGGUAAGAUGGCGCCCGGCAGAGGCGGAGGCGGACUGGACGUCCCAGAAGACUCCGAAUAUCGACAAGUUAACGCGUCUAUGGAGAGACUAAACCAUUAUUACAUCGUUGCAAAGAACCAGUUACUGAGUAACCAGAGCCCAACGUUGGGUCUGUUCAGACUGCACACAGACGGCAGCUCUCCUGUGGCUAAAGUGAGAGACAACAUCUACUGUGCUGCAGCAGUGUGGGGACUGGCCCUGGCCUACAGGCGUGUUGAUGAUGAUCGAGGGCGCACACAUGAACUUGAGCACUGCACAGUCAAGUGCAUGAGAGGAAUCCUGUACUGUUACAUGAGGCAGGCAGAGAAGGUGGAGCUGUUUAAGCAGGGCCAGGAAGCCAAACACUGUCUGCACUCAGAGUUCCACUGGCAGACUGGUGAUGCUCUAAAGACUGACAAUGAAGCUAAACAUCUUCAGAUCGACGCCCCGUCCCUGUAUCUCCUGUACCUGGCACAGAUGAUCUCCUCAGGCCUACAGAUCAUCUACACUACUGACGAGGUCACCUUCGUACAGAACCUGGUAUAUUACAUAGAGAGGGCCUACAGACUGCCUGACUACGGAGUCUGGGAAAGAGGAAGCAAGUAUAACAAUGGCAACUGUGAACUGCAUACAAGUUCUAUAGCCAUGGCCAAAGCUGCAUUGGAGGCCAUGAAUGGAUUCAACCUCUUUGGAAAACAGGGUGCUUCUUGGUCAGUCAUCUAUGUGGAUAUUGAUGCCCACAACAGGAACAGGGUAACAGUCAGUACCCUGUUACCUAGAGAGUCCAGCUCCAAG